AGUCUAAACGGGCCCUUCAUUGUAAGUAAGUUACGAAGUAGACGUUACAUGGCCACGAGCACGUAGCGAGCACUAACAAACAGCCCACGACUCCGGCGAGCCACCCCGGUGGCGUCCGCCUAUGCCUGUGGCGACGGCCCCGGCGGCGGCGGACCCCGCACGCGUCCACGCCCACCUCAUCAAGUUGGCCUCCGUCGACCGCGCCCUCUACAACCAGCUCAUCACCCUCUACUCCCGCUCCCCGGUCACCCUCACCGACGCCCUCCGCCUCUUCCGCCGCCUCCCCUUCCCCCCGACCCAUGUCUCAUGGACAGCCGCCGUUUCCGCCCUCUCCGCCGACCCCGACGCCGCCCUCCGCCUCUUCCUCUCCAUGCUCCGUGGCCCCUCCCGCCCCACCCAGGCCACCCUCUCCGCUCUCCUGAAAUCCCUCUCCCUCUCAUCUCCUCCGCUCCUCUCCGCUGCCCUCCAGCUCCACUCCCUCUCCCUUAAGCUCGCCCUCUCCCGCCUACCCUUCGCCGGCACCGCCCUCGUCGCUUUCUACUCCAAGGCCCGCCGCCCCUACGACGCACUCAAGGCGUUCGACGACCUCCCUUACAAGGAUGAGGUUUGCUACGCUGCCGCCAUCGUCGGCAUGGCUCAGAACCACCGACCCAACUGCGCCCUCUCCCUCUUCGCCGCCAUGAGGGCCGCCGGCGUCGCCUCCACCGUCUAUAGCGUCUCCGGAGCCCUACGGUCGGCGGCCCACCUCGCCACCCUCGAGCAGUCCCGGGUAGUCCACGCCCACGCUGUCGUCGCCGGGCUCGAGCCCGAUCUCGUGGUCUCGACUGCCCUUGUCGAUGCCUACGGAAAGUCCGGCCUCGUCUCUGACGCACGGAUGGUGUUCGACGCUCUGCUACCGGACGCCAACCUCGUCACCUGGAAUGCUAUGCUUUCGGCCUAUGCGCAGCAGGGGGACUCGGAGUCAGCAGUCAAGCUGUUCGAUGAAAUGCUUGAAAGGAAGAUCGCGCCUGAUGAUUUCUCCUUUCUUGCCGUCCUCACGGCAUGUAGCAAUGCUGGUUUCGUUGGUGAGGCAGAGCGGUGGAUUGAUUUGAUGGGAUCAAGUUUUGGAGUGGCGCCAAGCCUGGAGCAUUACAAUUGCUUGGUUGGUGCGAUGGCCAGAGUGGGGCGUUUAGAGGAUGCCGAAUGCCUCGUGCUCACGAUGCCAUUCGAGCCUGAUGCGGCUGUGUGGCGGACGCUGUUAUCGGGUUGUGUGGUUCAUCGUGCAGCUGACUUGGCAACAACUGUGGGACGGCGGCUAUUAGAACUGGACCCUCAGGAUGACUCAGCCUAUGUUAUGCUCGCCAACAUAUAUCUGGCAGCAGGGAGAAAGGAUGACAUGGCCAAGGUGUGGACAGAGAUGAGGGACCGGGGAGUGAAGAAGGAGGGUGGACGUAGUUGGAUUGAAGUGAGAGGGGAGGUGCAUGCAUUCAUUGCAGGGGAUAGGAUGCACAAACAUGCGACAGAUAUCUAUGCCAAGUUGGUGGAACUGAUGGAAGAAGCAAAAACGCUAGGGUAUGAAGAGGUGAAUGAGAAUGAGGGACUUUGGUACCAUAGCGAGAGGUUGGCAGUGGCGUUUGGGGUGCUGAAUGGAGCAGUGCCAGAAGGGAAGGCAUUGAGGGUGGUGAAAAAUUUGAGAAUUUGUGGAGAUUGUCAUGAAUUCUUUAAGUACGUGGCUAGGGUGAUCCAGAGGGAGAUUGUGGUGAGGGACGUAAAUAGGUACCAUAGGUUUCAACGUGGUUGCUGCACAUGCAAGGACUAUUGGUGAAUUUGGCCAGCAUGGUCUUAUGGUAUGAUUGAAGUGCCAAUCACUAUUAAUAACUCAUGAACGGCCAUCGCGAUGUGAUGACUGAUGAAGCUUUUGUAACUUUAUUGUAGUCUGGAGCCUUGGUAAGGUGGAUUUCUUCUUUUCUAUCAAUAAUAUCUGAGUUCUGUUCAAUACAAUAAGGACCGUACAAAGGGAUAGAUUGUAAGCUUCAUUCCUUUUUGUCUCUUCUCAGCUUCAUAGAACUGUCAACCGCUCACUGGUUUGCCUUCAGCUCUAUUUCUGGGUAAGACUUUGGAUGACCUCAAGGAGUUUUACCAUGGGAUCAAUGGUAGACCAUCAGUGUCUAUAGGCUUUUUCCUUGAUGGAUAUCUAUAACAGUGAAAGGUCAUCAUCACUUUGGGUAAUGAGAAUGUUCAUAUGAGCGUAUUAAAAUUUCUCACUUCAGAUCUUGGAUUGAGUUUGAAUUCCCUCUUAAUUACAUGUGAGCUUGUUGAGCAAGGAGCAUUAGUUGUCUUAUAUAGCUCAGUUUGUUUUGUCCAACAUUGUCGAGUUUGAUGUCUCUAUUCAAGCUACUACACUCCAGCUUCCAGAAAGACACCAAUUGGCGCCCCUACACAUGGAUCUGUCUCUAGGCAUUCUCUUCCGCUGUAAGGAGUAUUCUGUCGACUGUUUCAGUCUUUCAGAACUUACUAGCCACAAAUAGUGUUAUUCUACAACAUCAGCAUUAUCUUUUACUGAUCUCGCAUCCCUUAAAUUUUGAUUCAUCUACAAUCUGUACUCAUCUGCAGAAAGCUGUCAAGUCAUGGAGAUAUCAUUCUACACACCUGCUUAUUGCUGCUGUUUCAAGUCACAUUCAACAACUGUAGUUGGAAAAUAGAGACAUCAUCAGUAUUCUGUACUAAGCUUGUUUUAACAUAUUCUUAUUAUGGUUGAACACAGAAUCAUUUUUCUUAUACGCAGAUGUGCGUCACUCCAAUUACAAUGCUCCACGCGCAAAAUAUUUUGUGGUUAA